CGAAUUAUGUAGUAUGGUAUCCGAUGUUUAAAGCUUUUGAAUAUAUGACUUUUAUAAUUUCAAUAAAAGAUGCUAAUGACUUGAAGGAAAUGAUGGAAGAAAUAUUAAGUGGAGUUCUGUAUGAAAUAGGAUACGUUGCACAACAAUUCGAAAGCGACCUUACCGAAUGUUUAAGACAGGAAGCCGUAAAAUGGGCAUGUAUUAUUGCUGACAAAGAAUGCAGAGAAGUAGCCGAAAUGCAAAUGACAAGAGAUCUAUAUUCUGAAAGUGGCACUUUUGUAACGCAAUCAGAAUGGAAAGCAUGGAUGUAUUGUAAUGGUUUGGUGUCAGCCAACAGCACUAUUUGGUAUGACGUAUAUGACAAAUGGACAGCAACACCUGAUGAUAUAAAAUUUUUGGAAUAUUUAACUUGCAGUGAAAAUCCUGAAAUCAUUUCUAAUUAUUUGUUUCUAAAUUCGAUUGAUAGUAUUUUAUUACAACACAACAAUACACGUGUUUACAUAUUUCUUCUUACCGUUGCAAAGCAUGCAAGAAACGAUAUAGUUUGCGAUUUUAUUUUGCAAAAUCUCAAUAAUAAUACACUUAUGUUUAUCUCCAACACGCAAACCGACAAAAUUGCAACAUUAAUUGUCAUUAUUACGCAUCAACAUGCUGUAGUGCAAUUGAAUAAGGUACUUAAAUUCGCAAAAGUUAAUUUCAGAGAAGAGCGACUAGUUGAUGCUGUUGACGCAAAAAUAAAAAGACGAAAAUUGGAGUACGCAAGAAAAAGCAAUAAUUAUGGGGUCAUCGGUCUAUUUCGGCAUAAAUAAUAUUUGUUUUAUUUUAUUAUUCCUUCUUACAAGCAAAUUUUUGUUGGAGCAGAUAUUUGUUUUUUUUAUUUGCAAUAAAACACAAAAACAAAAAAUUAUAAAAAAUUGUUCGACAAUUUUAUAUGCCUUAUAGUCUAUA